AUGAUGAUCAAGAUUUUAUCGAUUCUUUGGGCGGCCGUCAGUGAGUCGCGCUUAAGUUUAUCAAGCAAAGAAGAAGCGCACAAAAAUGGACGGUUGCUUACAUAUUUGCCCAUUUGUAACAUGGUUAGUGCUGAGGCGCUAGAUGUCGAGAAGGCUUGUAUAGCUUACCUAAGCGUAUGGAGAUGCGCACGAGAGGGGAUCAAGCUCGACCAAGUAGGGGACAUCAUCAGUGAUCUUCUCUGGCAGCCCAAAACCAUCAUGGUUAUUGUAGAUAUUUCAUCUGCGUCAGAUCAACUAUAUGUGUCCUGUGUGCUCCUUCUCCCAUGGUCAGAGAUAUUCAGGUCGGAAUUCCACGCGAGAUCGUUUAACGAACCACAAGAGGUGCAAGGCAGUCAAUUGAAAACCCAGAUCGUGGACAUGGACGUCUCAAACUUUGUGGAGCCGUGA